AUGGCCACCCUACAAGACUUGAUUCCUUCGAUAUACUUCGAGAGACAGGAACCGGGGACCAUGCUCUGCGCCCAGCACGCGCUCAACUCCCUCCUACGUGAGCUCUUCUCUGCGGCAGAGCUUGCAGAGAUCGCUCGCGGGCUAGAUCAGGACGAGAACCUCACCUUAGAUGACAAUGCCCGCGCCACAACUAGCAUGAACAUGGAUGAUACAGGUUUCUUCUCCGUGCAAGUCAUGCAGAAGGCCCUGCAGAAUUUCGGGCUCGACCUCGUCCCGUGGGAGGCGGAGACCCAGAGACAUUACCAUACGCACCCAGAGACCCAGAUGGCAUUCGUGCUCAACCAUGACCUCCACUGGUACACGUUGCGGCGUUUCGGCCACGUCUCUCUCGAUCCGAGUCCCGAAGCCGAUCCCGGAGGCGGCUUUUGGUUCGAUCUCAACUCUACGAACGAUGCCCCACAACAUAUCGGCAAUCUGCAUCUAGGGAUGUUCCUACAUCAAGCAAGACAAAAUGGCUACACGAUCUUCGCUGUCGUACAGAAAGACCCGACGGCCCCGCUCGCGCUCCCCCGGACAGAGGUCGACGAAAUGUUCGCAUAUGUCCAGGAUCCAACGGGCCAUUAUCCGCGCUCCUAUGCCACGGGCGCGUCUUCCUCCGCCACUCAUGUCGAAGGGUUCGAGGACGAGGACAUGGAGCUGCAAGCGGCGCUCCAAGCUUCCCUCGCAGGCGGCGACUAUGGCGAUUACAUCCCUCAGCGCAUUGCCGUAUCCCAUGCGCCGGCGCCACAGCAACCCUCACGGACAUCGUCUGGCUUGCCUGUUCAGCGCGACUACGAGGUGAUCGAAGUCGACGACGACGAGGAAGACGCGUCUGGCGCACGGAUGCGAACACAGGCUCGGGUACAAGAACAUGUAGAACCUGAGCCCGAGGACCAGGUCCUCGCCAGCAUGGCCCGCCAGCGCGCGGUCAUGGAGCAGAUGCGGCGUGCACAGGAACUGGCGCUGCAAGAGCAGUACGAAGAUGAGAUCGCACAGUUUGGCAUUGCGUCCCGCGCUCGACAAGCCCAUCGCGCUGCCGCUGGUGGCGGAGCCCAGGAGGAGGACGAGGACGAGCUGCUCCGGCGCGCGAUCGCGGAGAGCGAGGCGAUGGCGCAAGGCCAGGGCUCCGGCUCAGGGCCGGGAUCGCGCGAGGACGGUGGCUCUCACACACCGCAAGCCGCGCCGUCGUGGCAGCAACCGAGGGUGUACGAUGACGAGGACGCGGAGCUCCAAGCGGCGCUGCGUGCGUCGCUCGAGACCGUCCCCGCUGGGUUCCGCGUGCCGAGUCCGCCACCCGUGCCUGCCCCUCCUGCCCCACGCCCUGCUGUUACAACGCCGCCGCAGGAGCGGACGGCAGCAGGGCUCGCGCCGCCUUCGAUUGAGCGGCAGCCGUCGUCCGAGUUCGAGACGGAGUCGGAGGCGGAGAGCGAGGCGGCGCAGGCGGAACAGCCGAGCUUAGAGGAGAUCAGGAGGAGGAGGCUGGCAAAGUUCGGGGCUUGA